CUAUAAUGAGAUUACUAAGAUUUAACUUGAUCUUUGGACUGGUACACUGAACGGUUAACGUGUAUAGCUUUGAGUGGUUCGACGUGUUAAGAUUCGUGUUUAUUGAAAUGUGUUUAAAAUGUGGAUUGAUAAUUUUGACAACUUUGUCAAAUGCAAGUCACAUUGGCGCUCAAACUCCAGUCUUGACAUACAACGCAACAUUGGUAAAGGUAAACGAAGCCUUACAAUUAAGCUGCACACAUCUGACAGCAACAGUUGUAAGAUGGUGGCGUCAACCAGCAGGAGAAAGUACCUCAUCAAUUAUCCUACAAUGAACAAUGAGUGUGUCUUUGUUCAAACGCCCAUACCAGAUGUAUUUACUACCUGUGUGUGCAGUGGAACAUGUAUAUGCACGUUGAGACCACUCAACAUAAUCAAUAAUGGGGACAAGUGGAAGUGUUCGGUUACAGAAAACAAACAAGCAAGAUUCAGUGAUGAGAAAACAAUAAUAAUAACAGUUCCCGUAGGGUAUUCAACCCUGAUCCCAGAUGUACCUACAAUAUCCGUUUUAACCAAUGUGGAAAUCAGCUACAUCCGCUGUGUAUCAUCAGUAGGACGUCCAGCACCAACCAUCACGUGGUACUUGGACAACAGAACUCCUUCUGACAACAGCAAUGGUGUGAACCUUACUAGAUAUAACAGCAGUUCAACAGUUGCUGAUGUGACAACAAGUAAUCUUACAAUGACGCCUUCCGCAAACUAUCAUGAUGCAAGGAUUAACUGUAACGUCUCUAACGGAUAUGGACAAAUCAUGUACAGUAAGACUCUGAGAAUCAAUUGUAAAGCUAUCCAACUAAGCCGACAAUAAAGUACAACACGGUAUUUGCACCAUCAAGUAUAUCUGUGAUACAAAACAGUUCUAUGACGCUAAAAUGUUCCUCGUCCGGCAAUCCGGAGCCGAGCUUUUCGUGGACCUUAUUUAACGGCUCUCUAAUAAGCAGCUCGGUCAUAACAUUUAACGUUGCAACAAAUAACGACAAAGAUCAAAUAGCAUGCAGUGCCGCCAGUGUUUUGGAUCCAACGAAUGGACCGAGGAUAGCAGCUGGAAAUACAACAGUGUUAACCGUGAAUGUUUUAAGUAAGUAUUUAAUGAUAAGAUGUACGAUAUAUGGUAAUUAUAAACUUAUAUAUUCAUUACAGUACAAUGUGUAAUGACCGUAUCGUCAUUGUAUUAUUAUUACUAAUCCAAGUAUUAUGUGUCGCUUUAUUAUAAUUUAGCAGAAGAUUGAUGCAAUUAGAUAAGAAAUGCAGUUGCCCUAUAACGUUCUGCAAAAGAGGCAUGUAAUCGUAUAUUCUACGAAAUCAAAGUAUAUGGUGUUAAACAAUAUUUUAUGGUAACUGUUCAUACCAAAAAUAAUUGUAUUCGCUUUGUUACCGUAGCAACAUAUCCGAAAGUAAAUGAUUGUUGAACUGAUCUUAUAAAAAUUAUUACAUAAAUAAUAAAAAAGUCGCAUUACAUAUUCUUCUUGCAUUAAAAUAUGAUUCUUUCGAAAGUGUAUCUUAAUCGAACGGAAUAUCUAUAUAAAGUAGGAUUUAAUAAACUAGUUGAAUAGAAGGGCUUACCAACAUAGACUGUGACGCAAAAAAACUGGGGAAAAAACGAGGAACACUUUAAGAUCUAAGAAUGUUUCCAUCGAGGUUUAAUGUGAGUAGCUUUUUCCUUAAUGCAUAUGUUAUAAACGGUAGUGGAUUCUCAGAACAAUAUUGAAUAUAACUCGGAUAUUAAGCUGUGAGUUUGUAAUGGCAGAAAGAGGAAUAUGCUAUAUGGUUAUUUUGCUUGUGUAUGUCAUUUGCAGAUCAUGUUCACCGUUUACUCUUCCACUACAUAAUGCCAUUACAUUAAGUCUUCUAUCUCGUAUACGUAGAUGCUCCUGAUUCACUUUUCAAACUUGCGCAACGUAUUCUGAAACUAAUGAUCUGAAGGUGAUCCGAGGUCAUUCCGUCUGUGGCAGAUGUACUUCGAAGAGUGAACCGGGCUCAACGUUUUUAUGGACACCGGCAAAUAGUGGAAUUGGUGUUUUUUUCUAUCAACAACUUCAGUAGAAAAAAGUGGCACUUACACGUGCAUUGCCAAUAAUGAAAUGAACACAACAUUUAGUGGGAUUAUCAAUGGAACAAAUCAGUCUAGUUUUUAUCUUAACGUCUUAAGUAGCCUGCUAUUUUGUAUAGUGUUCUAUUAAUUUGCAUUUAAAAAAGUCCAAAGUCAGUAAAACAUCGUUUUUGUUUCUUUGGCAAAUAAUACACUCUAUAAAAAACACUAUGCUUUUCAGCAGCAGCAUAUGCUCUGUUC